AUUUUAACUAAACAGAAUUCCUUAAUCAAAAAGUUCGAAGUAAAUAGUUGUUAUAAACGCGUAAUGUUUAACCUUUUUUAGAUCACGCCCAAAUUUUUGUUUUUUAUUUGUUUUAUCGUUAAAUAUUUACUUGUGUUAUUAUUAACUAAAUUAAAAUAAUGGUGUUUUUUUAUAUUAAAUUAUAUAAUUAUUAAUUUCAAGAUGAUGAGAAUUAUUGCAAUAACUUAUUUUUCUCUAUUUACUUUUUGUGAAAUUAAAGCUGAUUCUGAUUGUAAUGAACCUUUGUUAGAUAAAGCUGUACUCCGAGCGACUUCUUCUUUACCUGAUAGGGGUCCAGAAAAUGCACGUCUUAAUGGUCACUCGGCAUGGUCUCCUUCUUAUGAUUCUCUCUAUCACUCAUUGAUUAUUGAAUUUUCGGAUAAAAUGAAAGUGUGUUCUAUUGAAGUUCAAGGUCGAUCUUUUACAUUAGAAUUUGUUACUGAAUAUUUUAUACAAUUCUCAGAUAAUGGCCAGGGGUGGAAAAAUUUACAAGAUAUACGUGGCGAUAUUGAGCUUUUUAAAGGCAAUGCAAAUGGUGAUGAUGCUGUCAGAAAUACUUUUAGUGUUCCUAUUAUAGCUCAAUGGAUUAGAAUUAAUCCAACUAGAUGGAGAGAUAGAAUAUCUUUGAGAUUAGAACUUUAUGGUUGUCCUUAUGCUUCUGAUAAUCUUUACUUUAAUGGAAGUUCAUUGGUUCGAUGGAAUUUAAGAGAUUCUCCAGUUUCUGCUCAUAGAGAAACAAUAAGAUUUCGAUUUAAAACUAAUGUAGCUGAUGGAGUAUUAUUGUAUGGUAUUGGAUCUCAAGGCGAUUAUCUAGCAUUGCAGCUUAGAGAUAACAGAUUACUAUUAAAUAUAAAUUUAGGUUCCCAAAUUAUGACAAGUUUAUCAAUUGGAAGUUUAUUGGAUGAUAAUAUUUGGCACGAAGUUAUUAUAAUGCGAAAUAAACUUGAUGUUGAGUUUUCUGUUGAUCGUGUUACCAUUGAAGGGCGCAUAAAAGGAGAAUUUGAAAGAUUAGAUCUCAAUCAUGAAAUAUUUAUCGGAGGUGUGCCCCAUUUGAAUAAUGGUUUAGUUAUCAAUAAAAAUUUUACUGGAUGUAUUGAAAAUCUUCAUAUGAAUUCAACAAAUAUGAUUUAUUUAGUUAAAGAAGCAUAUAACUCUGGAGAUUCUUGGUUGAUGCAGAAAUAUCAAAAAGUAAACACAUUAUACACCUGCUUAGAUUCUCCAAUAAUUCCUGUCACAUUUCUUACUCAAUCAUCACAUGCUCUUAUUAAAAGUUAUGAAGGAAUGAAAAAAAUUAAUAUUUCAUUAUCAUUCCGGACCUACGAAGAAAAAGGAAUGCUGGCACAUCAUAAAUUUUUGACAAAUGGACACGUAAAACUCUUUUUGGAAAAUGGAAGUAUUAUGGUAGAAUUAGUAACAAAAGAUGAUACUCGAGUGGUUUUGAAUAACUACGAAGAAAAUUUUAAUGAUGGAAGAUGGCAUAGUGUUAUUUUAGUUUUGAGAAAUAAUUUUCUGGAGUUGAAUGUUGAUAAUAGACCUAUGCAAACAAUACGAAAGUUAGAUUUUAUGACUGGUACUAAUUAUCUCAUUGCUGGCGGUGUUCAUGGUUCAAUUGGUUUUAUUGGUUGUAUGCGUCUGAUAACAGUUGAUGGAAAUUAUAUGCUACCAACUGACUGGAAACUUGGAGAAGGGUACUGUUGUGAAAAAGAAAUUUUAUUUGAUGCAUGUCAAAUGAUUGAUAGAUGUAAUCCAAAUCCAUGUAGACAUGGUGGAACUUGCAAACAGAAUUCUAAUGAAUUUUUUUGCAUUUGUUCUAAUACUGGUUAUGGUGGAGCUGUAUGUCAAACUCCUUUACAUCCUUUAUCAUGUCGAGCCCAUAUGAACGUAAAUCCAGUAGGUCAAAGUGCUGACAUUACUGUAGAUGUUGAUGGUAGUGGUCCAUUGAAACCAUUUCCAGUUACAUGUCAAUAUUAUGCUGAUGGAAGAGUUGUCACUUUGGUUAGACACCAAAAUGAAGGUGAAUCACCUGUAGAUGGUUAUCAAGAACCUGGCGGUUUUAGCCAAGAUUUUAUGUAUGAAGCUGACAUCUUUCAAAUUGAAGCACUUGUUAACAGAUCUCAUUCAUGUUGGCAAUCAUUAAGUUACUCUUGUAAACAAUCUCGACUGUUUAAUUCUCCUGCAAAUGGAAUAGAUUUUAGACCUUUUGGAUGGUGGGUAUCUAGACAUAAUCAAAAAAUGGAUUAUUGGGGUGGCUCUAUUCCUGGAUCUUACAAAUGUCAGUGUGGUGUUAUUGGUGAUUGCAAAGAUCAAACAAAAUGGUGCAAUUGUGAUUCUGGAUUUGACAGUUGGUUAUCAGACUCUGGUGAUAUUAGAGAAAAAGAGCAUUUACCCAUAAAAAAAGUACAAUUUGGAGAUACAGGAACUCCUUUAGAUGAAAAAGAAGGUCGUUACAAAGUAGGACCAUUAAUGUGUGAAGGUGAUGAUUUAUUUAAUAAUGUUAUAACAUUCAGAAAAUUGGAUUCACAAAUACGUUUACCAACUUUUGAUUUUGGACAGAAUUCAGAUAUUUAUUUUGAAUUUAAAACAACUAUUGAAAAUGCUGUUAUUUUUGAAAGUCAUGGUCCUAAAGAUUUUAUCAAAUUUUCACUUAUUAGUGGUCAUUCAUUACAAUUCACUUAUCAAGCUGGCAGUGGUCCUUUAAGUGUACGUGUAGAAACAUCUGACACACUAAAUGAUGAUCGAUGGCAUUCAGUUUUAGUAGAAAGAAAUAGAAAAGAAAGUCGUAUUAUAGUCAAUGGUGCCUUAAGACAAUCUGUUAAAGAACCUCCUGGACCUGUCCGUGCAAUUCAUUUAACAUCACCUUUUAUAAUAGGUGCAUCAUCUGAUGAACAAAAUGGCUUUAUUGGUUGUAUGAGGGCAUUCAUGUUAAACGGCCAAUUAAUUGAUUUAAGGAAGUAUGCAGAAGAAGGACUUUAUGGUAUAUCACCAGGUUGUAUUGGAAAAUGUGAUAGUAGCCCUUGUUUAAAUAAUGGAACUUGUUUUGAAAAGUAUGAUGGGUACUCAUGUGAUUGUCGAUGGACUGCAUUUAAGGGCCCUAUAUGUGCCGAUGAAAUUGGUGUAACCCUAAAAGCAAGUUCAAUGAUUAGAUAUGAUUUUGAAGGAAUUUGGAGAUCAACUAUAUCAGAAAAUAUUAGAGUUGGUUUCACUACUACAAAUCCAAAAGGCUUUUUACUUGGAUUGUUUUCAAAUAUUUCUGGAGAAUAUAUGACCAUUAUGGUAUCAAACAGUGGUCAUUUAAGAGUGGUUUUUGACUUUGGGUUUGAGCGACAAGAACUUAUUUUUCCUGAACAACAUUUUGGGCUUGGUCAGUAUCAUGACCUAAGAAUUAAAAGAAAAAACUCAGGCUCUACUUUAGUGAUGGAGGUAGAUGGAUCAGACCCAAAAGAGUUUCAUUUCAAUAUUAAAGAUUCUACUGAUGCUCAAUUCAACAACAUACAAUACAUGUAUAUUGGUCGUAAUGCAUCCAUGACGGAAGGUUUUGUGGGUUGCAUAUCACGUGUUGAAUUUGAUGAUAUAUAUCCUCUCAAAUUAUUAUUUCAACAAGAUGGUCCUCCUAACGUUAGUGGAAUGAAUACAACAAUUAAAGAAGAUUUUUGUGGUGUUGAGCCCGUCACACAUCCUCAGCCAUUAAUAGAGACAAGACCACCUCCAAUUUUAGAUGAAGAAAAAGUUAAAGCUGCAUAUAAUGAAACAAAUUCUGCUCUUAUUGGAGGAGUAUUUUCAUUCAUAUUAUUGGCAAUUCUCAUACUUGCAUUUCUUGUUGGACGAUAUGUAGCACGGCAUAAAGGAGACUAUAUCACUCAAGAAGAUCGAGGUGCUGAUAUUGCAUUAGAUCCAGAUGAUGCUGUAAUUCAUUCUACCACUGGACAUCAAGUACAAAAGAAACGUGAAUGGUUUAUUUAAAACCUUUAAACUUGUAAGACAAUUUUAUAAUUUUGUUGGACUAUCUGAUACCAUUUAUUUAAAUUUACAAAUGUUUAAUCUUAAACUGAUCAUAUUUUACUAUAAACAUUUGUAUUAGUUUUAUUAUUUGUUUCAAAGACAAAUAUUUUAAGCUAUUUUUAUUUUUGGUACCAUUUUAUUAUUAUUACUUUUUUUUUUCAUUAAAUAUAAAAAUUAAUUAUACAAUAAAACUUAUUUUUUAAUAAUAUUAGUGAAAACAUUUUUUAUAAAUAAUUUUAAUCAGUUAAAUUGUUUUAACUUAUAGCUUGAAAUAUGAUUUUAAAUUAAAUCCCACUAAUGAAAUUUUUUUAUGUUUAUACAUUUUUAUUGUUUUUAAUUUGAUACAAUCGAUAUGAUCUUACUUAAUUACACUUCAUCUAUUAGUUUAAAUGUGUGGGAUAUCUUAUUUAUUUUACUUUAUAAAUUACAAAUGACUAUUAAUUUUUAUAUUAUGCUUUAAUUUCUUUUUAUUAAGUCAUUUGAAUCUCAAUAUUUACUUAAGUAUAACUCACUAACUGCCUUAAAUAAAGUUUGCACUACAGGAUGUGUUAAUGUAAAUAAUUGUUGUCUGAAGCACAAUGUUUAAUUUUUUUUUUUUUCCAUUCAAAAUGUCAAAGUUGUGUAAAAAGAAAUAUAAAUAACUGA